CUGAGGGCCCGUGCGGGCGCCGCACUCAUCCUCAGUAGCUGGGCCGCGCGCUCUCAGCUCUUCGCUUCCGUCCGCUCCUACCCAGUCCGCCGCCGCCGCCGCCAUGGCCCAAGCUGACAUUGCACUGAUUGGACUGGCUGUCAUGGGCCAGAACUUAAUUUUGAACAUGAAUGACCAUGGCUUUGUGGUUUGUGCUUUCAAUAGGACAGUCUCCAAAGUUGAUGAUUUCUUGGCCAAUGAGGCAAAGGGAACCAAAGUGGUUGGUGCUCACUCCUUGGAGGAGAUGGUCUCCAAGCUGAAGAAGCCACGACGGAUCAUAUUGCUCGUGAAGGCUGGUCAAGCUGUUGAUGAUUUCAUUGACAAAUUGGUACCAUUGUUGGACACUGGCGACAUCAUCAUCGAUGGAGGAAAUUCUGAAUACAGGGACACCACAAGACGAUGUCGCGACCUCAAGGCCAAGGGCAUCCUGUUUGUGGGGAGCGGAGUCAGUGGUGGAGAGGAGGGGGCCCGGUAUGGCCCCUCACUUAUGCCAGGAGGGGACAAACAAGCCUGGCCCCACAUCAAGACAAUCUUCCAAGGCAUCGCUGCGAAAGUCGGGACGGGGGAACCCUGCUGUGACUGGGUGGGGGAUGAAGGAGCAGGACACUUUGUGAAGAUGGUGCACAAUGGGAUCGAGUAUGGGGAUAUGCAGCUCAUCUGUGAGGCUUACCACCUGAUGAAGGAUGUGCUGGGCAUGGGGCAUGACGAGAUGGCAAAGGCGUUUGAGGAAUGGAAUAAGACAGAGCUCGACUCAUUCCUCAUUGAAAUCACGGCCAAUAUUCUCAAGUUCCAAGACAGCGACGGCAAACACCUGCUGCCGAAGAUCAGGGACAGCGCGGGGCAGAAGGGCACAGGGAAGUGGACUGCCAUCUCAGCCCUGGAGUACGGCGUUCCCGUCACCCUCAUCGGAGAAGCAGUUUUUGCUCGAUGCUUAUCAUCUCUGAAGGACGAGAGGAUUCAGGCUAGCAAAAAGCUGAAGGGCCCCCAAAAGAUCCAGUUUGAAGGUGAUAAGAAAGCAUUCCUGGAGGAUAUUCGGAAGGCCCUCUAUGCUUCCAAGAUCAUCUCGUAUGCACAAGGCUUUAUGCUGCUAAGACAGGCGGCCACGGAAUUUGGCUGGACCCUCAACUAUGGUGGCAUCGCCCUGAUGUGGAGAGGGGGCUGCAUCAUCAGGAGCGUGUUCCUAGGAAAGAUAAAGGAUGCAUUUGAUCGGAACCCACAACUUCAGAAUCUGCUACUAGAUGACUUUUUUAAGUCAGCUGUUGAAAACUGCCAGGGCUCGUGGCGGCGGGCAGUGAGCACCGGGGUCCAGGCGGGCAUCCCCAUGCCCUGCUUCACCACGGCCCUGUCCUUCUAUGACGGGUACAGACAUGAGAUGCUACCGGCCAACCUCAUCCAGGCUCAGCGGGAUUACUUUGGGGCUCACACUUACGAACUCUUAGCCAAACCCGGGCAGUUUAUCCACACUAACUGGACGGGCCAUGGUGGCAGCGUGUCGUCCUCUUCAUACAAUGCCUGAUCAGACCGGUCAACUGCCGCGAUUCCCCAGACUGGAACAUUCCACUGGCCACCGACACUGCUUACACAGCCCUCCGCCCUCCUCUCUGCUCAGACCUUUUAAAAUAAAGUCUCAUAAGAGACUCCUGAAAAAGUCACGUGAGUGUACGUGCAAAGAAGCUCCGUGAGCAGCACCAUGCCCUCUGCCCCAGCCUCUUGGAGCCGAGCACGUGCGUGCGUGCGUGAUCAGCUCCCAGAAGCCAUUUCCCACGCGUCCCUGUGCUGAGGGGCAGCGGUUCCCCCUGCUAGAGGCUCGCGGGAAUCGGAAGGGCUUCUGUGGACUUUGCUCAAACUGGAAACUCUGUAUCACGUAGAUUUCCCAUUUUUCUCUACUUAAUAAAAGGUACAUU